AUGAGCAGUUUUCAUUAUUCUCUUAAUAUAGCUCGUCGGAGACCAGCUGCUAGUAUCUGUGAAAGAGCAACAUGGACUCAAAAUGCUACCACGGUUGCUGGAGGUCAUCGAUUUGGAGUUACACUCAGCCAAUUGGCUUGCCCGCUUGCAAUUUCAGUGGAUGCAAAUCAAAAUGUUUACGUAGUGGACCCAAAUAAUGAUCGUAUAGUCAAAUGGGAUCAUGAUGCAGUACGUAGUCAGGUUGUCGCUGGUGGACAUGGAACUGGAAAUAAUAAUGACCAAUUAUAUUUUCCGAGAGAUAUAGCCAUUGAUAACGAGGGGGUGAUAUACAUUUAUGACCAUGGAAAUCAGCGUAUUCAGCGUUGGCGUAGAGGUGCUUCAACAGGGAAUACCUUUCUAAAACAUAAGUCUAUCAACUGUAUAGCAGUAGAUGACGAAGGGUCGCUUUAUGUUUUGAUGUCAGGUGAAGUGAGAAAAUGGCGCAUCGGUGAGAAGACCGGAGAAGUAAUUGGUUCUGGUCUUAAUUUGGCACGUUAUAUGACUGUUGAUCGGAACGGAUCAGUCUACGUAUCUGAGGAGUAUGGUCACCGAGUGAUUAAAUUAAAUCCGAAAACAAAACAAAUCUCUGUUGUGGCUGGCGGUUCGCAAGGGAGCGGCGCUGACCAAUUCAACAAUACAUGGGGUGUUGCUGUCGACCAGUCGGGCACUAUCUAUGUAUCGGAUUAUUUUAAUCAUCGAGUGAUGCGGUGGUUACGAGGAGCUACAUUCGGUGAGGUAAUUGCCGGAGGCCGUGGUAAAGGUUCCCAACCUGAUCAGUUAUAUCAUCCAGCUGACUUAUCAUUUGAUCUUGAUGGAAAUCUCUAUGUAGUGGAUAGUUAUAACAAUCGUGUACAAAAAUUUCUUAUAGACAAACGUUCAUGUGAUACAUGUAAGUUAGCUCUAAUUUGUCUACCUAAUUUAUCUCUUUCUACUUAGGAAACAGAAAGACAAGUGCCUAAUCAUAUUCACAUGCAUGCAUCAACAGCGACCAACUGUAAAACAGCAUGACAUAUGCUUACCAUCUCUUAUUUUAAAAUUAUAGCUUCUAAACCUAGUCCAAAACAGAGCAGCUUCUCAUCCGAAAGAGGUCAUAAUGAAGAUGUUUGACAAAUGACGAAUGACUAGAAUUAUAAAGAUAGGGUGGGGUGUUGGUGUGGGUGUGGAUGGAUGUGGGUGGGUGUGGGUGUAGAUCUUCUCUUCAUCUACACCCACACCCACACCUACACCCUGAUAUUCAUCUAAUAAUCCGAAAGUAUCGAUCACUCAUUUUCAAAAUACUUCUGAGAAAAUAAAUAUAAUAGCCCUGUGUUUUCGGUAAUAGUCAGAAGCCAAAGUACGAAUGGUAAAAAUGUUUCAUAGAUCACUAUAUCAGUGUUCCAUGAGGCACUGAUGUUAGUGUACACUGUGUCACUGACCUCAUCAGUGCUUCAGUGAACGCUGAUGAGAUGACCAUCAGUGUCACAGUGAACAUCGGUGUCGGCGAUCACUGAAACUAAGAUGGCACUGGUACCGAUAUCAUCAGUGUUCACUGAGCAUCACUGUCGGUGACGUCAGUAAUCAGUAAACUGAUACUAUACAUUCCUACGCUGGUUACGUUCCUUUCUAUACCACCAUUAGCAUAGAUUCAGAAAACUUGUGAUGUUUCUGAAGUUUUAUUUCAAAUUGAACAAUAAAGUGAUUAAAAUCUAUUAAAAAAACAAGCAAUGAGCUUAAAAAAACAUCACAUUUGUGCAGAGUUCAAAGGGUUUCAUUCUCUCCUCUCUCUUAGAAUGCAUAUCGUUUAUCGGCUCAAGUAAUUAAAAAUCAUCAGUUCUUUUAGUUAGCUAUCUUUGCUUUAUUUUGACAAUAGGGCCAAAUCAUUCGAACUUCUGGAUAUUUUUUACACAACUUCGUAUAAUCUUCCACCUUCAAAUAAUGCCCACACCAAUGAACUUCCAGUAGUUUUUGAUAAUAUUGUGUUUCAACUGAAAUGUUGCAGAUAUUCGUACCAACGCUAUAUCAGCAUUAACUAAAUGGAAAUGUAAAGCAAACAAUUCGUCUUCAUUUUUAGAAAAAUCAUAUGAAGGCUUUUUUAAGAGCACCAUUGUUUUUCAUGGAGUACAUAAACUGAAGCCGCUAUUAUCCACCAUACCACGUUCUGACGUCAUACGUCAUAGUACACCUUAAUACAGUAAAACCUCUAUAUAUGAGCACCUCCCGAUAACGAGAAACCCCCCAG